CUCCGCCUCCACCGCCCAGCGGAGCCGCUGCCGCGGGAACCCAGUUUCCGAGGAACUUUUCGCGGGCGCCGGGCCGCCCCCGAGGCCAGGGCAGGACACGAACGCGCAGAGCGGCGGCGGAAGCUGCGAGCCGGGGUCGGCGGCAGUCCCUCGGAAGGGCCGUGCGCGGCGGCGGGCCCGGCGGGCCUCCCGGAGGAGGCGGCUGCGCCAUGGACGAGCUGCCCUUCAGCGAGGCUGUUUUGGAGCAGGCGCUGAGCGAGCCGUGCGAUCUGGACGCGGCGCUGCUGAGCGACAUCGAAGACAUGCUUCAGCUUAUCAACAACCAAGACAGUGACUUCCCUGGCCUGUUUGACCCACCUUAUGCUGGGAGUGGGGCAGCGGGUACGGACCCUGCCAGCCCCGAUACCAGCUCCCCAGCCAGCUUGUCACCACCUCCUGCUACACUGAGCUCCUCCCUCGAAGGCUUCCUGAGCGGGCCGGAGGCAGCACCCUCGCCCCUGUCCCCUCCCCAGCCUGCACCUGCUCCAUUGAAGAUGUACCCGCCCGUGCCCACUUUCUCCCCUGGGCCUGGUAUCAAGGAAGAGUCAGUGCCACUGAGCAUCCUGCAGCCCCCAACCCCACAGUCCCUGCCAGGGGCCCUCCUGCCGCAGAGCUUCCCAGCCCCGGCCCCUCCGCAGUUCAGCUCCACCCCUGUGUUGGGCUACCCCAGCCCUGCAGGCGGCUUCUCCACAGGGAGUCCCGCCCGGGAGCACCCAGCAGCCGCUGCCUGGCCUGCCACUGGCUUCCCCGCCAGGAAUCCCGCCCGUCUCCUUGCACACCCAGGUCCAGAGUGCAGCCCCCCAGCAGCUACUGACAGUCACAGCUGCCCCCACGGCAGCCCCUGCAACGACCACUGUGACCUCGCAGAUCCAGCAGGUUCCGGUCCUGCUGCAGCCCCACUUCAUCAAGGCAGACUCACUGCUUCUGACAGCCAUGAAGACAGAUGGAGCCACUGUGAAGGCGGCGGGUCUCGGCCCCCUGGUCUCCGGUGCCACCGUGCAGACAGGGCCUUUGCCGACUCUGGUGAGUGGCGGAACCAUCUUGGCAACAGUGCCGCUGGUCGUAGAUGCGGACAAGCUGCCCAUCAACCGGCUGGCAGCUGGCAGCAAGGCCCCGGGCUCAGCCCAGAGCCGUGGAGAGAAGCGCACAGCCCACAAUGCCAUUGAGAAGCGCUACCGCUCCUCCAUCAACGACAAAAUCAUCGAGCUCAAGGACCUGGUGGUGGGCACUGAGGCAAAGCUGAAUAAAUCUGCUGUCUUGCGCAAGGCCAUCGACUACAUCCGCUUUCUGCAACACAGCAACCAGAAACUCAAGCAGGAGAACCUGAGUCUGCGCACUGCCGUCCACAAAAGCAAAUCUCUGAAGGAUCUGGUGUCGGCCUGCGGCGGUGGAGAGAACACAGAGGUGCUCAUGGAGGGUGUGAAGACGGAGGUGGAGGACACACUGACCCCACCCCCGUCAGAUGCCGGCUCGCCCUUCCAGAGCAGCCCCUUGUCCCUUGGCAGCAGGGGCAGUGGCAGCGGUGGCAGUGGCAGUGACUCGGAGCCUGACAGCCCCGUCUUUGAAGACAGCCAGGUUGGGCCCUGCCACGGUGCCUCUUUCCCACGCCCAGCCCUAUCUCUGAGCCUCAGGAUAGGGCCAGACCCUAACAGAUCCUACCCCCUAUUUCAUAGAAUAACUGAGGCCUGGAGCCAUGUGGGGUCUCACAGUAAGGUGGGCAGAAUCCUGACCCCCUCCUCAGCCCCAUGCUCUCUGGAGUCCGUCCAGUUCUGCCUUCACCACCCUGCCCACCCCCAGCAGGCAAAGCCGGAGCAGCGGCCGACUGCACACAGCGGGGGCAUGCUGGACCGCUCCCGCCUCGCCCUGUGCACGCUCAUCUUCCUCUGCCUGUCUUGCAACCCCUUGGCCUCCUUGCUGGGGGCCCGAGGGCUUCCCAGCCCCUCGGAGACCACCAGCAUCUACCACAGCCCUGGGCGCAACAUGCUGGGCACUGAGAACCGAGAGGGCCCUGGCUGGGCCCAGUGGCUGCUGCCCCCCGUGGUCUGGCUGCUCAAUGGGCUGCUGGUGCUGGUCUCCUUGGUGCUUCUCUUUGUCUACGGAGAGCCAGUCACGCGGCCCCACUCAGGCCCUGCCGUGCACUUCUGGAGGCAUCGCAAGCAGGCCGACCUGGACCUGGCUCGGGGGGACUUUGCCCAGGCUGCCCAACAGCUGUGGCUGGCCCUGCGGGCGCUGGGCCGACCCCUACCCACCUCCCACCUGGACCUGGCAUGUAGCCUCCUCUGGAACCUCAUCCGUCACCUGCUGCAGCGUCUCUGGGUGGGCCGCUGGCUGGCAGGCCGGGCGGGGGGCCUGCAGCGGGACUGCACUCUGCGGGUGGACGCUCGUGCCAGUGCCCGAGAUGCCGCCCUAGUCUACCAUAAGCUGCACCAGCUGCACACCAUGGGGAAGUACACAGGCGGGCACCUCACUGCCACCAACCUGGCGCUGAGUGCCCUGAACCUGGCAGAGUGUGCAGGGGAUGCCGUGUCUGUGGCGACGCUGGCCGAGAUCUAUGUGGUAGCUGCAUUGAGAGUGAAGACCAGUCUUCCGAGGGCCUUGCAUUUUCUGACCCGUUUCUUCCUGAGCAGUGCCCGCCAGGUCUGCCUGGCACAGAGUGGCUCAGUGCCCCUUGCCAUGCAGUGGCUCUGCCACCCAGUGGGCCAUCGUUUCUUCGUGGAUGGGGACUGGGCCGUGCUCAGCACCCCACGGGAGAGCCUGUACAGCUUGGCCGGGAACCCAGUGGACCCCCUGGCCCAGGUGACUCAGCUAUUCCGGGAACAUCUCUUGGAGCGAGCACUGAACUGUGUGGCCCAGCCCAACCCCAGUCCUGGGUCAGCUGAUGGGGACAAGGAAUUCUCGGAUGCCCUCGGGUACCUGCAGCUGUUGAACAGCUGUUCUGAUGCCGCUGGGGCUCCCACCUGCAGCUUCUCCAUCAGUUCCAGCAUGGCCACCACCACCGGCGUAGACCCGGUGGCCAAGUGGUGGGCCUCUCUGACAGCCGUGGUGAUCCACUGGCUGCGGCGGGACGAGGAGGCAGCCGAGCAGCUGUGCCCGCUGGUGGAGCACCUGCCCCGGGUGCUGCAGGAGUCUGAGAGACCCCUGCCCAGGGCGGCUCUGCACUCAUUCAAGGCUGCCCGGGCCCUUCUGGGCUGUGCCAAGGCAGAGUCUGGCCCAGCCAGCCUGACCAUCUGUGAGAAGGCCAGUGGGUACCUUCAGGACAGCCUGGCUACCACACCAGCCGGCAGCUCCCUUGACAAGGCCGUGCAGCUGUUCCUGUGUGACCUGCUCCUUGUGGUGCGUACCAGCUUGUGGCGCCAGCAGCAGCCCCCGGCCCCAGCCCCAGCAGGCCAGGGUGCCAGCAGCGGGCCCCAGGCUUCUGCGCUUGAGCUCCGUGGCUUCCAACGGGACCUGAGCAGCCUGAGGCGGCUGGCACAGAGCUUCCGGCCCGCCAUGCGGAGGGUGUUCCUACAUGAAGCCACGGCCCGGCUGAUGGCGGGGGCCAGCCCUGCACGGACACACCAGCUUCUGGACCGCAGUCUGAGGCGGCGGGCAGGCCCCGGUGGCAAAGGAGGCGCGGCGGCGGAGCUGGAGCCACGGCCCACGCGGCGGGAGCACGCGGAGGCUCUGCUGCUGGCCUCCUGCUACCUGCCCCCCGGCUUCCUGUCGGCGCCCGGGCAGCGCAUGGGCAUGCUGGCUGAGGCGGCGCGAACGCUCGAGAAGCUCGGCGAUCGCCGGCUGCUGCACGACUGUCAGCAGAUGCUCAUGCGCCUGGGUGGUGGGACCACUGUCACUUCCAGCUAGACUCCGCGAUGUCCCCAGCCUCAGCGCCCUUACCUCCAGCCACCUGGGUUCCGUGUGGCUUCUGUCCUGCGUCGAAGCGCUGAAGGCCGAAGGCAGCGCCAGAGAUCCUGGCCUCCACGGUUCAGCCGCGGCUGCAGUGUCCUUUCCGCGUGGAAGGCCUGAGGGGCGCGACUCCGACUGGAAGCGCGGCGGCCAUGACAGUGCUGACCUCUGGUGGCCGAUCUGGGCACUGCAGGGGCCGAGCCGUUGGCGGGGGAGGGGGCCCUUCUUGCUCUGCAGGCACCUUAGUGGCUUUCCCCCUCCUGUCUAGAGGGAAGAGAGGGGUACAUUUCCGUCCGCUGCCCGAAGCCACCUUGGCUUUCCCGGACUGCGAGCGGGGCUCGGCCCCGAGCGCCUCUCUCCCCCGCGUGGAAGACGCGUACGUAGUGUAGCGUGCCUGACCUGAGGCUCCUGUGCUACUUUUGCCUUUUGCAAACUUUAUUUUCAUAGUUGGAGAAGUUUUGUACAGAGAAUUAAAAAUGAAAUUAUUUAUAAUCUGGGAUUUGUUUCUUCAGCCGACGGAUGUGCUGACCAGUGAGCGUGCUUGGGCCCGCCCCCCAGCACCUAGGCAGAGGCUUCCCAUCCCCCGCCGGCCGCUUUCCCACGUUCGUGUGGGGAGGGCUGGCUGUACGGCCUCCAGCCGACCUGUGCCCCCGCUUCCAGGGCACGUGUUCGGGCUGCGCCAACCCCUAGGGCCUCGAUGGGCUCAGCCGUGCCCCCGUCAGGUCCUCGGGUGGCGUGGGAGGAUGGACUGUCCUCCAGAACCCGUGUACUGUACGACAGGGGCUCGGGUCUCCCUAGGUCUGGCAUGUCUCACCUCCCGCUUCCUGUCCCCCUGGUCACUUCACAGCAGAGAAGCCUCCGACCUCCCUCCCGACCUGCGGCCACGCUGGAGACGGGCCACAGGAGCCACAGGGGCGGGGGAGGUUUCCCGUUCCGUGAAGGGCCUCAGCCCCUCCCUUCAUUCCCAUACCCCAGCUAAAGCCUGGCCCGGCUCCCAGCUGAAUCUGGUCGGAAUCCACGGGCUGCAGAUUUUCCAAAACAAUCGUUGUAUCUUUAUUGACUUUUUUUUUUUUUUCUGAAUGCAAUGACUGUUUUUUACUCUUAAGGAAAAUAAACAUCUUUUAGAAACA